AUGGCGCAGAAAAGAUGUGUAGUAUUAAAGACUGCUACGAACGAUGGUAGUGAAUCCAAUAUAAAAUCAUCAACAGAGCUUUUCCCAUCAAUAAUAGAAAGAAUAAUAGGAUGUAGUGUUAAACAUAAAGUAAAUAUAGUGCAAUUUGUUAACAAAGUUUCAGUAUGCGUUCUUGCAAUAUGGAUCCUAUAUUGCCGUAGCAAUGAACCCUAUUUUACAGAGAAGUGGGAUAAUAGCAGUAACAAUGUGGACCUAGGAAUGACCCAAAGUUUUGGGAUCAAUAAGAACAGAUCUUUAUCACAAGUAGAUGUACUAAGGAUGACAACGUAUGACUCCAAUUAUUGUAAACCAUGGGAUAAACCAUGUAGUUACUCAGAAUUUCCAGAAGUUGGGGUAAAAAUAGCACCACCUGGUAUGCCCCGAAAAGGACCGCCUCUAAAUAGUCCCCCGAAAGGAUUCCCGCAAGUACCUCCAAAUGGUUUUCACAAAAACGGGCCACUGAAAGGACCGCCUCUACGUGGUCCUCCAAAUGGACACCCGCAAGUACCACCAAACGGUUUUCACAAAAGUGGUCCAAUGAAAGGACCGCCUCUAAAUAGUCCCCCGAAAGGAUUCCCACAAAUACCUCCAAAUGGUUUUCACAAAAACGGGCCAGUGAAAGGACCGCCUCUACGUGGUCCUCCAAAUGAACACCCGCAAGCACCACCAAAGGGUUAUCCUCAAAAUGGUCCAAUGAAAGGGCCUCCUCUACGUGGUCCUCCCAAUGGGCCCCAGCAAGUACCUCCAAAUGGUUUUCACAAAAACGGGCCACUGAAAGGGCCUCCUCUACGUGGUCCUCCUAAUGGACACACGCAAGUACCUCCAAAUGGUUUUCACAAAAACGGGCCAGUGAAAGGACCGCCUCUAAAUAGUCCCCCGAAAGGAUUCCCACAAAUACCACCAAAGGGUUAUCCUCAAAAUGGUCCAAUGAAAGGGCCUCCUCUAAGUGGUCCUCCCAAUGGGCACCCGCAAGUACCUCCAAAUGGUUUUCACAAAAACGGGCCACUGAAAGGGCCUCCUCUACGUGGUCCUCCUAAUGGACACACGCAAGUACCACCAAAGGGUUAUCCUCAAAAUGGUCCAAUGAAAGGACCGCCUCUAAGUGGUCCUCCCAAUGGACGCCCUCACGUACAUACUAGUGCCAAUGCAAGUAGUUCAGCUAAUGGAAAUUCGAAAAGUCUAUCCAAUGUAAAUAUAUCAGAAGUAUAUUCGGAGGAAAAUCUUCCACCAUUCCCUGCAAAAAAAUCUACGCGAAAGCAACCUGUAAUGUUUGAGCAUAAUAAACGUUUUUUUCAAGAAACAGAGGCUGAUAAAAAAUUAGAAUUUAUAAAUCCAAGUUAUCAAAACCUUAAUGAUAUGAAAAAAGAUCGUGAUAAUAAAAUACUAGCGAAAUGUCCACCACGUGAAAUAGGAAAAGAUGUUAACCCUGCUAAUGGUAUAAAAAUUGUAGAGUGUCCUGAAGAUAAUGAAAUUAGGGAUGAAGGACCUCAGGAAACGGAAAAUGAAUUCUUCAAAGGAUUCACAAAUAAAAUUAUGAGUAACAUUUAUGAAGUUGAAAUGAACCGAGAUCCAGCAUUAGAAUUAAUAAAAGAGAAUAUUAUAGAUAAUAUAAUUUCAGCAAAUAAAGGAGUAAAAAAAAAUAUUGACAUGAUAAAAGAAAAUAUCGCAAAUACACUGAAAACACUUGAAAACGGUGAUUGGAAGCCUCCCAUAGAAUCAAUUAAAGGGACAAUAUUAGAAAAAAUUGGAAGUCUCGAACCAGAAGAUUUAAAACCUAAAUGUGAAGGAAUAAAAGAUGCUAUUCUUGAAAAAAUAACAGAAAAUAUCGAAUCUAACGUAAAACCGAAGUUGGACAAUAUAAAAUUAACUGUUCUGGACACAUUGGACGACAUUAAUCAUGAAGUUGUUCAGCCCAAAAUUAAUGAUAUAAAAGAUACCAUUAAUAAAAAUAUAGGAAACCUGGAAUAUGAAGUGAUACCAAAAAUUGGAAAGACUAUAAAAGAAUGCGUUACAGAAAAAGUAGGAGAUAUUUCAACUGGUAUUGGAAAAACAUCGGAAACAAUAAAAGACACAGUAUUGAAUAAUGUAAAAUCAAUUUAUGAUAAUGUUCCUGUUCCUAAAAAUAUAAAAGAAAUGACUAAUAAAGUAACCCAAAAUCCAAACUUAACCAUGGAACAAAAUUUGAUAAAUUCAGUUAGUAGAUCAACAUUAGGAUUUAACAUUUUUGGGGAUCUUAGAAAACGUUUUAAAAAAUUAGGAAACACAACUAAAGCAAUUGCAAGUUUAAUUUUAUCGUUUUUAUUAGCAAUCGGAGGAAUCGUUGGUUCAGUUAUUGUCAGUCCUUUUGCUGGUACUCCUGCUUUGAUCUUAGCUCUGAUUUUUUCAUAUUAUACCGCAAUGAAACUAUUAGGAAAAUCAUUUUUCCCCAAGUUCAACUUAAAAAAAAAAUCUUCUUCCCAAAAAAAAGUCAAUGAAGAAUAA